GAUGUACACUUCACCGGUACGAGCCUAAAUGUGCUGAUAAAGAAUCCCCAAGAAUAUUAUACUUAUUCUGUUUCAGUUCCUAAGCAUGCCUCCUUCGAAGGCUUCCAAUGGACCACAUAUUUUGGACAUGCUCUUUGCUGUCCUUCCUGUAUGGGUCCACGAUUACAUUCGUGGUGACCAGCAAUGCGGUUAUAUGAAUCCAAGGUAUCCAGUCUUCAUUCACCGCCGAACGACCCCCUUUGAUCCAAGCGGUGACAUGAACGAAGGCCGUGAUAAGGACGGCUCCGACGCCGAUGAUGACGCAAAGGGUUCGAACAAUUCUAACGGUUCGAAUGGAUCAAAAGGGUCCACGUCGAAUAACAGCACAACUAAUAGCCAAACGGCCAACCCGUUCACCACCGGGAGCGACAUUUUCUGCCAAUUCUGCGUCGCUGACAAUGACGCGAGGGUGCUUUACAAUGGUCCCUGGUCUCUCGAUGGUGCAGGACCGUCAAAUACGACUCACAGCACUUCCACUGCGGGCUCAACGGUUUCCUUAAGCUUCAACGGAAGCGGAAUAAUCGUUUUUGGAGCCGUGCCAUCCAGUAGUACAUCUUCGAAUCCUCCCACAACAUCCUUCACUGUCGACGCCGCGGCCCCUUUCGUUACCACAGAGCCGCAACUCGACCAAACUUACCUCAAUCAGCCCUUAUUUGUGGCAUCUGAGUUGUCAGAGAAAGAGCACAAAAUCGUCAUCAACGUGACAGACGCGGGGUCUGCUUCUCCUUUCAUUCUUGACUAUUUCUUCAUAUCUCCCCAUCCAAACAGUACCUCAAAUACUGAGGCAACCAUCUCUUUCGCUCCCACACCAUCUGCGAGUGUUUCCACUUUUCCUUCUGCCAUUAAAUCAACCACUUCCUCUGCCAAUAAUGUAUCUUCUGUGACCACCGCUUCCCCCGCUAUUAUCAAAAUCCUUGCGGCCUUGCUGGGUGUCAUGUUUCUUAUUAUCACCCUCCUCAUUGCCUUGCUCGUCGUCUACAUCAGAAAAUCCAAGGUUCGGCACGCGCGCUCUGCCUCAGCUCGGAGUUUCAAGAGUCACACGAGUCAGCAAGGAACACUACUAACGACGACAGAAUCUAUCAUAAGGAAUUUCACUCCCAGCCUGAUCUGGUCCUAUUCUCGAAGUGAGGCUGGAUCCGGGACUGUUCCUUCUCCCGUGCUUCCAAAGUCGCAACAGUCGGAGGCUCGAUCGGUGUGGUCUGCAGCUUGAAGACAUCUUGGGUGGAGGAUUGCACAAGGCUCUAUAUCACCUGUUGUAUUCAAUCCAAAUUAUAUAUAAUUACCCCAUACGCUAGGUCUACAAGUGGAAGAUGAAUGCCAAAAAAAGAAAACCAGUGGAGAGCAUAGC